AGAAGCUUGUCGCGUUCGUGUCCUCUUCCUUAGAAAGUGCCGGGCAGGGACUCUGUUUAAACAACAUCCAAGCUUCGAUCUUGCAAACGACCCGGAAAUACGAUAACAUUCAACCUUCCGACAUUCAUUCCAGGGGGAAAACAAAAAACCCAAUUCAAUUGAUGCGAUACCGCUGAGGAUAGGCCAGUCCAAACCCGAAGUGAUUUCGACUUUGUUCCGCUGCUAAGCGCAGCAACACCACUGCCCAGCAUGCUCAACCUCUUCAGAGUCUUAGGGGAUUUCUCCCAUUUGGGGUCAAUCAUGAUCCUGAUGCAUAAGAUGACGCAGCUCAAUAGCUGCGCUGGUAUCUCAUUCAAGUCACAAUGCCUGUACCUGCUUGUCUACAUUACAAGAUAUCUCGACCUCUUUUCAACAUCCAGCGUCUACAACGUCAUCUUUAAGAUCCUCUUUAUUGGCUCCCAAAGCUACAUCAUCUACUUGAUGGCCACGGCUUACAAGCCUACCAACGAUCCCAAUGUCGACACUUUCCGCGUGCAAUACCUCCUCGGCGGCGCCUUCGUGAUGGCGAUCGUUUUCCCCUAUGAGUUCUCCAUGUGGGAGAUCCUCUGGGCCUUCAGCAUCUGGCUCGAAUCUGUUGCUAUCCUUCCUCAGCUGUUCAUGCUGCAGCGCACCGGUGAGGCCGAGACGAUCACAACACACUACCUGUUCGCUCUGGGACUGUACCGCGCCCUCUACAUUCCCAACUGGAUCUGGAGAUACUUCACCGAGCCCAAUCACAGCGUCGACUACAUCGCCGUCGUGGCGGGUAUCAUCCAAACGAUUCUGUACAGUGACUUCUUCUGGAUAUACUACCAGAAGGUGUGGAAGGGCCAAAAGUUCAAGCUGCCUGUAUAAUUUGGGUAUGACAAAUCAUCUAGGUGAGGCGUCAGUAGGCUGAUUCGGCAUAUCUCGUCGGACAAAUCCGUGGCUGAGUGGGAUGGCCUAGCUCGUCACCGGUUUUGCCAACAACUUUGAUAAGUGUUUGGGGAAUUUUCUUUUGUUUCUUAGACCGCGUGUGCGUGUCGUACGAGAUGUACAAUAGACCGAGAAGAAUUGCGUGGCAUCCAUGAUCAACGCAGCAAGGAUCAAGAUUUGAAGAGUCGAGCGCAACUAAAGGGAAUUUUCGUAUAAAUGGCGUUUGUGGAAAGGGACAGAUUACUGGGCACAGCUGCGCCACAUUCUUUGCUACCAAUGGCAGGUUAAAAGAUCUGGGGAAUUUUCUAUUUUAGUUUGGCACAUAGUCUGAUGUUAUUGACAAGCAGCUUUCUGUUAUGGUUUUUUUUUUUUUUUUUUUUUUUUCACCACGCCACGAGGCCAG